ACACGUGGGGACGCGACGGGACGGGCAGGGCAGCGGCGGGGGUGUGCCAGGCUGUGCCGAGCCGUGCCGAGCCGACAUAAACCGUGACCGAGCCGCGCUGGAGACCUAUGCCAAGAUGGCCACAGUUUCCCUUGGCUUCAACAUCGACUCCCCACGCUGGGACCAGAGCACCUUUGUGGGGCGCCUGAAGCACUUCUUCAACAUCACCGACCCUCGGACAGUGCUGGUGCCAGAGGAGGAGCUGGACAGGGCCAAGGCCCUGGUGGAGGGCUGCAGGGCCGGGCUGGUGCCACCAGGAAGCAGCCAGGAGCAGCUGCUCUAUGCCAAGAAGCUGUACGACUCAGCCUUCCACCCUGACAGCGGUGAGAAGAUGAACCUCAUUGGGAGGAUGUCCUUCCAGGUGCCGGGGGGCAUGGCCAUCACUGGCUGCAUGCUCCAGUUCUAUCGGACAGUGCCUGCUGUGGUUUUCUGGCAGUGGGUGAACCAGUCGUUCAAUGCCUUUGUCAACUACACCAACCGCAAUGCUGCCUCCCCCAUCUCUCUGAGGCAAAUCGGGGUGGCUUAUGUCACAGCCACUGGUGCAGCCCUGGCCACCGCAGUGGGACUCAACCUCUACACCAAGCGAGCCCCCCCCUUGCUGGCCCGCUGGGUCCCCUUUGCAGCUGUGGCUGCUGCCAACUGUGUCAAUAUCCCCAUGAUGCGGCAACAGGAGAUCAUCAACGGGAUCACAGUGACAGAUGAGAACAACAACGAGCUCGGCCGCUCCAGGAGGGCGGCAGUGAAGGGCAUUGCACAGGUUGUGCUCUCCAGGAUCACCAUGGCAGCACCAGGCAUGAUUAUUUUGCCCAUCAUCAUGGAGCGGCUGGAGAAAUUCACCUUCAUGCAGCGGAUCCGGGUUCUCCAUGGUCCUCUGCAGGUGCUGCUCUGCGGGGGCUUCCUCCUGUUCAUGGUGCCAGCAGCCUGCGCCCUCUUCCCCCAGCGAUGCUCCCUUGCACUGGCUGACCUUGAGCCGGAGCUGCGUGACAGUAUCGUGGCCAAGCACGGGGACAAGGUGCCAUAUGUCUAUUUUAACAAAGGACUGUGAAUGGAGACUACCUCAGGAGCCACUGCACCCCUCUGGCCUCCUGCCACCACCAAUCCCAUGUCCCCUGAGCAGAGACACAGCCCAGCAGAGUCCAGCCCAGAUCUGCUCCCCCACCCAGCACCUUCUCUGCAGCCUUCUUCCACUGUAGAAUCAGGAUCUGACUCUGUGUCCAGCUUGCAGCACUUGCUUGUCCUGAGCCAUCCCCAUCUGCUCUGGCCAUGUCCCAGCCUUCCCAUGUCCAUUUUGCCCUGAGGGACGCCUGUGCUUCCUGUGCCUUCCUUUGGUCCAGACUCUCUGGGCCUCACUGGGUUUGGCCCCAUGAGGCAUGAGGUCUCUCCCUUGGGGCUCAGAGCACAGUUCUACCUCCAAAAGCAGAUAUCCUGCCAUUGUGCCAGCAAGCAAACCACAUUCCUGCCUUAAACCACCACAGUAGCCUCUUCCCAAGACGUGGAUCAUGUCUUGGCAGGUGUGAAGGGACCUGUUCUCUCUGCACGUGAGAGUGACCAUCCCAAAGUCCAGAGACCAAUGCUUGGACUGCAUUCCUUGCUCUCAGGUUCUAUUCACUAUUCAAUCCAGGAAAGAAAUAGCUAAUUUUUGUUUAGCUCUAAUUUUUUCAUUCCUCUGAGUACUAUCACCCUUGUCCUAAAUCUCUGGUUCCCACAGUAGAAUCAUGAAACUGCAGCUUUAGGGGACAAUUGUCUCUGUCCCCCGUUUGACUUUGGUAAGAAGACUCAGAAAUAACAGAAUUGUUAGGGCUGGAAGGACCUCUGGAGGUUGUCUAUUCCAGCAGCCCCUGCUGAGGCAGGGUCACUGGAGCAGGUUCCACAGGAAUGUAUUCAGGUGAGUUUUGAGUAUCUCCAGAGAGAGAGACUCCACAACCUGCCUGGGCAGCCUGUUCCAGUGUUUUGCCACCCUCAAUGUAAAGAAUUUCUUCCUCAUGUUGAGGUGGAAUUUCAUGUGGUUUAGUUAUGGCCAUUGCUCCUUGUCCUGUCACUGGGCACCCCUGAAAAGAGCCUGGCACACUGCCCUUGGCACCUGCCUUUGAGAUAUUUAUAUACAUUGAUGAGAUCCCUCUGAGUCUUCUCCAGACUGAACAGGCCUGGCUCUCACAGUCUCUCCUCAUAAGAGAUGCUCCAAAUCCCUCAUCAUCUUUGUGGCCUUCCACUGACCACUCUCCAGUAGCUCCUCUCUUUCUUGUCACAAAGCUAUCAAGGCAUUAACUCAGGCUCUGAAUAGCAGCACUGUAAAUGACAGAGGAAGGUUGAAAAAUACAUAUGGUGAUUUUUAAAAAACA